CCGAAUAUCCCGCAGACCGUGGAAUUAAUUGAAUCAACAAGCCAGCAUCUCACAGUAAAUUUAUUUAUCGUCGUAUCAUGAGCACUCGGCUUAAUGACGAUAAAUUUAUGUUGAACAACAGCUUGCUAGCUAAUGAGACGAGUCGACGCGUUUCUGUUCUCAUUCUGAAGAAUAUUAUUUGUGUUUGAGGUUAUAAUUGUGUUCUGGUCUCCAGGUGAUUAGAGAUGAGCCACGACGCGGUCCCAGUCGGCGAAGCGACAUUGCUGCAACAGGCUUGCGACAAAUAUCAGUCUUCAUUCGGUCGCGCGGCAGUCGCAGCGUCGAGCGCGCCUGGCCGCGUCAACCUCAUUGGCGAGCAUGUCGACUAUUGUGAAGGAUACGUAUUACCUGUGGCGAUUCCCUUCGUGACAGUAGUGGUGGGCGGCUAUAACGACACUGACGAAUGUCACGUGAUCUCAGUCUUAGCCAAUGGGGACGUGGUCAGCACGGCCUUUCCCGCAACCAGCGUUGCCAAGCUGACGCCCGGUGAGCCCGCCUGGGCGAACUAUGUGAAAGGAACGGUAUCAAAGUUUCCAAAGCCAGUGCAAGGAUUCAAUAUGGCUAUUACGUCAGAUGUGCCCAUGGGAGCUGGGUUGUCGAGCAGCGCGUCUCUCGAGGUGGCAGUCUGUACAUUCCUGGAGGUACUAACUGGACUGACAGUUGAUCCUGUGGAGAAGGCGAGGCUGUGCCAGAGUGCGGAACACGAGUUUCCUGGCGUCCCGUGCGGCGUCAUGGACCAGUAUAUCGUCUCUAUGGCGAAGAAGGACACCGCUCUGCUUAUCGACUGUCGAUCAUUCGGCUCCACCCACGUCCCAAUGAAGACAGGAGACUAUGUAGUUCUGGUGACGAACUCCAAUGUCAAGCACAAGCUGACUGGCAGCGAGUACCCUCAGAGACGUGCACAGUGUGAGGAAGCGGCCUCCCGGCUCGGUCUACCUUCGCUGAGGUCGGCUAAGACAGCUGAUUUGGAAAGAUUGAAACAGAUGAACUGUGAUGAAUUAGUGUUGAGAAGAGCUCAGCACGUGAUAGAAGAGAUAGAGAGGACGCAGCAGGUCGCCAAGAGUUUCCGAGAGAAUGAUCUAGAAAGGGUGGGCAGACUGUUCUACGAGUCACACGAGUCCAUGAGCAAAUUGAUGGAAAUCUCGUGUCCCGAGCUGGACGAGCUGGUGAGAAUUAUUAGGCCGGCGCCAGGAGUGCUCGGUGCCAGGAUGACUGGCGGCGGUUUCGGUGGCUGUGUUGUUACUUUGGUGAAGAAAGACCAAGUGGACAAUUUAAAGAAGCUGAUACUAUCGAAGUAUCGCGGGGAUCCUGUAUUCUUUGUCUGUCAACCUAGUGACGGCGCGAAGGGAAUAAAAUUAUGAUUGAUUUAUAAAA